AUGAAAACUGCCCUUGCAUUAUCGCUUCUAGCGGGGCUUAUAGUCUCUAUUGCCAAUGCAAGCAGGCCUCUUCAGAAAACUCCAGGAAACUCCAGCUUAGAACGCUAUAAUGGAGGGGGUGGAGCGCGUUGUAGAAAUAACAGCGAAUGUAUGGCCUUCAUGAAAAUGCAGAAUAGUGCUCGGGCAGAAGUAGGAGAAAAUGCUCUGGCAUGGGACCAUAAAGUUGAGUCUUACGCCCGCUGGUGGGCAGAGCAACGAAGAGAAGAUUGUGAGCUGAUGCAUUCUGGUGGGCCCUACGGCGAGAACAUUUUCUGGGGCAGCGGCUCAGACUGGACUCCUCUGGAUGCUGUUCAAGACUGGCUUGAAGAAAAGGGGUAUUAUAACUAUGAGAGCAAUAGUUGCGAGAAUGGUGAGAUGUGCGGCCAUUAUACGCAGAUUGUUUGGAAUGAAACCCAAGUUUUGGGUUGCGCCAGGGUUGUGUGUUACAGUGGUGAUGUGUUCAUGACAUGCAACUAUCAUCCUCCUGGUAACUACAUUGGGCAGAGACCAUACUAAUAGAAAAAAUUAUUGCUUCAC